ACGCAGGUCGUUAUCAAACGUUCCGACUUGAGUUUUAACUUCUAUUAAGCAUUAUUACUAUUUACUUCGGUUCCUCGGAAAUUGCAAUUUAUGUUACUUGACUCAUAAUACCUACCUAUAAGUAAAAAUUAUUUUGCGUUUGGUUUUUAACGUGUUAAUGAAUAUUUUGCAGACCGAACACAACUGUUAUAAACCGAGAUUUUGAAAAUGAUUGACGGUGAGAACAUGGUUGUAGACAGUAAUAAUUAUAAGUCAGAUGCAUUUAUAUUUCAAACUUAUAAACUGAAUAAAAGGGAUGUAGAAUUCGAACAAGAUAUCUUGAGAAAUCCAAAUUCCGUAAAAUGUUGGAUGAGGUACAUUGACAACUAUAAAUUGGGACCUUACAAUAAGGUGUGUGUACUUUAUGAACGUGCAUUAAAACAACUUCCAGGCAGUUAUAAACUAUGGCACAAUUACUUGAAAAUUCGUCGCAAGUAUUUAAAAAAAAUUGAUAAUCCAGAUUAUGAAGAGAUCAACAAUGUGUAUGAAAGAGCUUUAGUUUAUAUGAAUAAGAUGCCUCGGAUAUGGAUUGAGUUUUGUACAUUCAUGGUAAAACAGCCAAAACUUACUGUGGCGCGGCGAUUAUUUGAUCGAGCGCUCAGAGCGUUGCCUAUCACACAACAUGUUCGUAUCUGGCCAUUGUAUUUGAGUUUUAUUAAACAAAAUCAUGAUCCUGAAGUUGCUGUCAAAAUAUAUAGGAGGUAUUUGAAACUUUUUCCAGAAGAUGCCGAAGAUUAUAUUGAGUAUCUGACAACCUCUGGUAGGCUGGACGAAGCUGCUGUUCAACUGUCCGAAAUAGUCAAUAAUGAUAGUUUUGUCUCUAAACAUGGAAAAUCUAAACACCAGCUUUGGAAUGAGCUAUGUAAUUUAAUUUCUAAAAAUCCUCUUGAAAUUAAAUCCUUAAAUGUAGAUGCGAUAAUUCGUAGUGGAUUAAGACGUUACACUGAUCAAUUAGGUCAUUUAUGGAAUUCAUUGGCAGAUUAUUACAUACGAAGUGGUUUAUUUGAACGAGCCAGAGAUAUAUAUGAAGAAGCGAUUCAAACAGUUACAACUGUUCGUGAUUUUACACAAGUGUAUGAUGCUUAUGCUCAAUUUGAAGAAUUAAGUUUACAAAAACGUAUGGAAGUGGUACACUCUAACCAAAACAGUACGGAAAAAGACGAUCGCGAAAUUGAUUUACGCAUGGCUAGAUUGGAGAAUUUAAUUGAAAGACGAUUGUUACUUUUGAAUUCCGUUCUGCUUAGACAAAACCCUCACAAUGUUAAAGAAUGGCUAAAACGUGUCCAGUUAUACGAAGGCAAUGAUGUACAAGUAAUAAAUACAUUUACGGAAGCUGUAGAAACAGUCGAUCCCCAAAAAGCUGUUGGCCGUUUGCAUACAGUUUGGGUAGAAUUCGCUAAAUUUUAUGAAAAAGCUAAUCAACUAGAAGAAGCACGAUUAGUGUUCAAGAAAGCUGUGUUGGUUCAUUAUAUAAAAGUUGAGCAUCUGGCUAGUGUUUGGUGUGAAUGGGUAGAAAUGGAAUUAAGACAUGAUAACUUUAAUGAAGCAAUGAAGUUAAUGAGACAAGCCACGGCCAUGCCGUCUCGCAAAGUUGCUUAUCACGACGAUACAGAAACUGUACAAAUACGAUUGCAUAAAUCAUUAAAGUUGUGGUCUUUGUAUCUAGAUAUGGAAGAAAGUUUUGGAACGGUUAAGUCCACAAUGGCUUGUUAUGAUCGUGUUAUUGAUUUACGAAUUGCUACUCCUCAAACUAUUAUUAACUAUGGGUUAUUUUUGGAGGAAAAUAAGUAUUUUGAAGAAAUGUUUAAAGCAUACGAAAAAGGAGUAGCUUUAUUUAAAUGGCCAAAUGUUUUUGACAUAUGGAAUACAUACUUAACAAAGUUUUUGGAUCGUUAUGGUGGAACAAAAUUGGAAAGAGCUCGUGAUUUAUUUGAAGAAUGUUUAGAAGGUUGUCCUCCGCAGUUUGCCAAGUGCAUUUUCCUAUUGUAUGCCAAACUCGAAGAGAAACAUGGUUUAGGCAGACGAGCAAUGGCUGUCUAUGAAAGGGCUACCGAAGCCGUUCUACCAGAAGAGAAGUUUGAAAUGUUCAAUAUAUACAUUAAAAAAGCAGCUGAAAUAUCUGGAAUACCUAAAACCAGAGAAAUAUAUAUGAAAGCUCUAGAAGUUUUAAGUAAUAACCAAGCGCGAAUCAUGUAUCAAAGAUUUGCAGAACUCGAAACAAAAUUAGGUGAAAUUGACCGUGCAAGAGCUAUUUACUCGCAUUGUAGUCAAAUAUGUGACCCUCGAGUGACUGAAGAAUUUUGGCAAACCUGGACUAAUUUUGAAGUUGCACAUGGUAAUGAAGAUACACUUCGCGAAAUGUUGAGAAUAAAACGAAGUGUUCAAGCAAUGUACAACAUUCAAGUAAAUAUGAUGUCUGCUCAGAUGAUGUCUGUAAUUAACGUUGAGCCAGAAAAGAGUGGAAUGAAAUUGUUAGAAGAAAAGGCAUUAGAAACCAAAGAAAAAACUUUAGAGCCUAUCAGUUUUGUUUUGGGUAGUGAACAGGAAUGUCUUCCUAAAGCAUCAGUGAAAAAUCCAGAUGAAAUUGAAUUCAGUGAUGAUGAUGAUGAUGAUAAUGAUGGUGAUGACGAAGAAGCUGACGGAGAUAAAGAAAAUGAGGUCAAAGAUAAAGAUCUACCUACUAAAAAAGAAGUACCAGCUGAACUAUUCGGCAAUUUAGGAGCAUUUACUGAAUAAUACUUAUUUUGUUUAAUAACUUUAUAACUAGGGACAUAAUUUUUAUAAGUGCGAUGAUUGUAAAUAGUUGAAUACAAUUUUUUUAUACUUA